AUGGGGGCUGUCUAUACUGUCGGGCCAAACAAGGCUCUUGUCAUUUCGGGUGGAUGUUUGGGUGGUCGUCGUGUUCGCACAAUCAUUGGUGGAUGGGGGUGGGCUUGGUGUUGUUUAAGCAACGUCCAAACGAUAUCCCUUGAGGUAAUGACACUGAACCCUACUUGUAAGCAUGUGGAGACCAUAGAGGGAGUGCCUCUGACUGUAACUGGCGUUGCACAAGUCAAGGUUCUCUCCGAUGAACACAUUCUGGCUCUGGCUUGUGAACAGUUCUUAGAUUUGGAUCUUUAUCGAGUCGAGAAUACGGUCCUGCAAACAUUAGAAGGCCAUCUUCGUGCAAUUCUCGGCACUCUUUCAGUCGAGGCCAUUUAUAAGGAUCGCGAUCAGUUUGCUUCCUUGGUGAGGGAAGUAGCUGCUCCCGAUGUUGGCAGGAUGGGUAUCGAGAUCCUCAGCUUCACCAUAAAGGACGUAUUUGACGAUGUUGACUACCUCAACUCCCUUGGUCGCCCACAAAUUGCAAAGAUCAAACGCGACGCCAAUGUGGGUGUUGCUGAGGCGGAACGCGAUGCUGGAAUUGUUGAGGCAGAAUGCGAGAAAGCACGUAUGGAGGUGCGAUGCAAGGUGGACGCAGCUAUCGCCGAGCACCAAAGGGAAUUUGAGCUGCAAAAAGCUGCCUUCGAUGUGGAAAUCAACCAGGCGCGUGCCGAGGCAGAUCUGGCGGAAGAACUUCAGUCUGCCAAAGAAAAGCAACUGAUUAGGGACGAGGAGGUGAAGGUGGAGAUAGUGGAGAAGACCAAGAAGAUCGAUAUUGAGGAGCAGGAGGUCCAACGUAUCGCUAAGGUCCUCGAAGCCACCGUUCACGAACCCGCGAUGGCUGAGGCCUUCCGUAUCAGUCAAAUCGCUGAGGCUGAAAAGUACGCCCUCCUUUCCAACUUGCAGAAGUACAGAAAGAUACUCUUGUCAAAGGCCUCUGCCGACAGCGUGCGCAACAUCGGCGCGGCACAGGCUGGGGUGACGCAGGCCAAGGGCGCCGCGGAGGCGGAAGGACUGGCGGCACGUGCUGCCGCUUUCGCCAACUUCACCGAGGCGGCGAAGCUGCGACUGGUGUUGGAUGCGCUACCCGCUCUGGCGGCGGAAGUUUGCGCGCCUUUGGCCAAGACUGCGGAGAUCGUGUUGAUCGGCGAGGGCAACAGAGUGGAGGGGACACAAUCCACCUCGGUUGCCACAUUAAAUGGUCUCGGUCGUGAUUUUAUGCGCAUGUCGGCCACCGUACCCCCGGGCGUGAGGGCCGUUACUGGUGUGGAUCUCACCAAGGUUAUUGGCCAAAUCCCAGGAGCGUCUGUGGCAUCGUGA